AUGCUUGCCUUCUCCAAGUCGCUCGCCAAGGUCGACUCUGCUACGAAAGAGGAUAGCUAUGGCACAUACCAUCCAAUCAAGAAUCUGCUGCCUAAGGAGAAGGUGUUGGAAUGUCGACGAGCCUACUUCGAGCACAUGGCGCCCUCGGCACUUCUCAAGCCUGGUACCGAUGCCGUCGAAGGCACAUACUGCGGCGCUGAUCCCAAGAAAUACCUCCCACCAGGCAAUCUUCGCCGUCUUUUCGGGCUCAAGGACGAUCCAGAGUCGGACAAAUACGUUGAACUCAUGAUCAGCGCUCACGAGGCAGACUUCUACCUCAAAUUGACAGAGAUUCCCGAGUUGCGCGCUUUCGUCCGCAAGUUCACCGGAUGGGAGAAAGAGAUCAUGCUCCAGAGGAGUAUGCUGAGAGCUUUCGCUCCCAAUUCAGAACUAACGCCCGUGCAUUACGACCAAAUGUAUCUUCGCGCCGGACCACCUACAUCAUUGACGGCGUGGGUGCCAAUUGGACCUGUAUCGCUUGAAGGAGGCGGGCUGAUGUACCUUGACAAGUCGUACGACAUCGGGCAGGCGACAGAGGAAGAGUUCAAGCGCAACAAUCACAAUUUGACGAACGAGGAACGCGUUUCGGCAUUCAACAAGAACAUGAACGAUGGCGGCUUUUUGUCACGCGAUACUAUUGAGUAUGGCCAACAAGCGAAACGAAAGUGGCUUGUUACUGAAUACGAGACGGGCGAUGUAAUCUUCCACAGUCCGUGGAUGGUGCAUGCGAGUUGCAAGAACAAGGAUCCAGAGGCGAGAAUCAGGCUCGCUACAGAUCUGCGGUUUGUUAACCCAGAUGAGCCUUACGACACCCGGUGGAUGAAGAUAUAUCGCCCAUUGGACGGAUUGUAG